AUGAAGGAAGAUCGCUUUCGGAAGCUCUUCACCGCCUUCGGCACACUCACCGAUUGUUGCUUGAAGUUCACCAAGGAUGGCAAGUUCCGGAAAUUUGGCUUCAUCGGCUACAAGUCUGAAGAUGAAGCUCAAAUGGCACUGAACCAUUUCAACAGGAGUUUCAUAGACACCUCCAGAGUCACGGUUGAGUUAUGCAAGUCUUUUGGUGACCCUUCAAAACCCAAAGCGUGGAGCAAGCACGCUCAGAAGCCCCCUGCCUCAGAAAAACAGACCGAGAAACCCACGGCAAGUGCAGCUUCUGCAGGCGUGAAGAAAGAUAAAAAGAAGAAAGAUCCAGCAGAAAACUUAAAGAAGCUGGAAGAAGAUGAAACAUUCCAGGAGUUCUUGGUGGUUCACCAGAAGCGGUCCCAGGUGGCCACUUGGGCUAACGAUGUUUUGGCAGAAGAGCCCAAGAAGGGAAAAUCAAAGCCAACGGCUGAUGAUUAUCUCAACUUUGAUUCAGAUGAGUCUGAGGAGCUGAGUGAGGAGGAGGAGGAUGGAAACGAACCCUCCGAAGAUGAGGGGGGCACCAAAGCAAAAAAAGGAGGGAAGAAAGCAGCUACUAGCAAAGACCUCUCGGAUAUGGAUUACCUGAAAUCUAAAGUGGUGAAGGAUUCUUCCUCCUCAUCCAGUACGGAGGAAGAAACAGACAGUGAGGAGGAAAGCGAGAGUGAGGAGGAUUCAGGCAUUGAAGAAACCGUUGGCACCCACACAGCUGAAAAGGAGAAGCCAAAAGCCCGACAAGCACAGCAGGAGGCAGCAGCAGAGAAGAAGAAAAAAAGGUCCACACUAGAGAACCAAGGCAAUGCAGCAGGAGCCAGCACACAGUACACAGUGGAACUUCGUGGUGCCCCCUUCAACAUUACUGAGCAAAAGAUUCGUGAAUUCUUCUUGCCUCUGAAGCCAGCGGCAAUCCGCAUAGGAAAAAACGCCCAGGGGAAAAAUACAGGUUAUGUCUUUGUUGACUUGAGGAGCGAAGCAGAAGUGCGAAGGGCCUUGAAGCGGAAAAAAGAAUACAUGGGUGGACGAUGCGUAGGGGUGUUCCGAUGCAGGAAUACUCCAAAAGAAACUGUUACGGCAAAACCUGAUAACCAGCCGUGGCAAAGAAGGAAGAGAGACGAUGAGGAAGAAGAGGACUUGGCUGAAUCAGGGAGACUCUUUGUCAGGAAUCUUCCCUUUACUAGCACUGAGGAGGACUUGGAAAAGAUCUUUUCCAAGUACGGUCCCCUCUCGGAAAUCCAUUUCCCUAUAGACAGACUGACCAAGAAACCCAAAGGAUUCGCCUUCAUCACUUAUAUGAUGCCCGAGCACGCGGUGAAGGCCUACGCAGAAAUGGAUGGGCAAGUAUUCCAGGGUAGAAUGAUGCAUCUUUUACCAUCCACAAUAAGAAAGGAAAAAAUUGAAGAUGUAGGUGAAGAAGAAUCUUCCUCCUACAAAAAGCAGAAAGAGGCCAAGGACAAAGCCAACAGUGCCAGCUCUCACAACUGGAACACGUUGUUUGUGGGGACAAACGCUGUGGCUGAUGCCAUUGCUCAGAAGUACAAUGCUUCCAAAAGCCAAGUGCUGGAUCAUGAGAGUAAAGACAGCGUGGCAGUGAGGGUCGCUCUGGGAGAAACCGAGCUGGUCCAGGAAAUCCGUCAGUUCCUCAUUGAAAAUGGAGUCAGCCUGGAUUCCUUCAGUCAGGCCGCUGGUGAGCGGAGUAAAACGGUGAUCCUGGUGAAGAACCUCCCGGCCAGCACGAGCAUCAUGGAGCUGGAGGAUGUCUUCGGCAAACAUGGCAGCCUGGGCCGGGUCCUGCUGCCAAAAGGAGGCAUCACGGCCAUCGUGGAGUUCCUGGAGCCGACUGAGGCCAAGCAAGCAUUCACCAAGCUGGCCUACACCAAGUUUCAUUCUGUGCCAUUGUAUCUGGAAUGGGCUCCAGUGGGUGUCUUCUUCGGCUCAGCCCCUCAGAAGAAAAAGGUUGAGGCUCCAGAAAAGGAGGACAAAGCAAGUCUGGUACCUGGUGAAGUUAUAAAAGGCUCAGAGGAAACAGCAGCACAGGAAGAAGAGGAGGAAGAAGAGGAGGAGGAGGAAGAAGAAAGCAUUCCUGGGUGUACGUUGUUCAUCAAAAACCUGAAUUUCGCCACCACGGAAGACACGCUGAAGGAGGCGUUCUCCAAAGUGGGAGCUGUGAAGAGCUGCACAAUAUCCAAGAAGAAAGACAAAGCAGGCACUUUGCUUUCAAUGGGCUUUGGAUUUGUGGAGUACAAGAAGCCAGAGAGUGCCCAGAAAGCCCUGCGCCGGCUCCAGGGCUGCUCUGUAGAUGGCCAUAAGCUGGAAGUGAGAAUCUCGGAGAGAGCCAUCAGGCCCGCUGUGAAAUCAUCCCGAAAGAAACAAACCGUCAAGAAGCAGAAGACUUCCAAGAUCUUGGUCCGAAACAUCCCAUUCCAGGCCACCGUCAGGGAAAUCAGGGAACUCUUCAGCACCUUUGGAGAGCUGAAGACCGUCCGGCUGCCCAAGAAAAUGGCAGGAACAGGAUCCCACCGAGGCUUUGGGUUUGUGGAUUUCCUCACCAAGCAGGAUGCCAAGAAAGCGUUCAACGCCCUGUGCCACAGCACCCAUUUGUACGGCCGGAGGCUGGUAUUGGAGUGGGCGGACACGGAGGAGACGGUGGAGGCCCUGAGACGGAAAACAGCUGACCAUUUCCACG